GGGCAGGAGGCUCAUCCUCACUGCUCCCCUCUGCUGCAGCCUUCACCAAGCCCUCCUUGUCCUCAAACAUGGCCUCCUUCGGCUCCUCCACCCAAACCGCCUCCUCCUACCGCCGCACCUUUGGCCAAGGCACCUAUGCCUCACCCUCCCUCAACCGCUCGCUGCUGGGCCACAGGAGUGGCGGCGGGGGCCAUGUCACCUCUCGGGUCUACGAAGUGAGCCGGGCCAGCUCGACUCCGGUCUACCGGGUCUCCUCCGCCCACUAUAGCAAGCCCCUGACGACCUCCAGGGUCUCCGUCGGGCGCUCGUACGCCGGCAUGGGCGAGACGCUAGACUUCAGCCUGGCCGACGCCCUCAACCAGGAGUUCUUGACCACACGGACCAACGAGAAGGCCGAGCUGCAGCACCUGAACGACCGCUUCGCCAGCUACAUCGAGAAGGUCCGCUUCCUGGAGCAGCAGAACCAGGCGCUGACGGUGGAGGUGGAGCGUCUGCGCGGCCGGGAGCCGACACGCAUCGCCGACCUGUACGAGGAGGAGAUGAGCGAGCUGAGGAGGCAGGUGGAGAUCCUGACCAAUCAUAGGUCACGCAUAGAGGUGGAGCGGGACAACCUGGCUGAUGACGUGGACAAGCUCAAACUCAGACUCCAGGAGGAGAUUCUCCAGAAAGAGGAGGCAGAAAACAGCCUGGCUGCUUUCAGGGCGGAUGUGGACGCUGCCACUCUGGCUCGCCUGGACCUGGAGAGACGCAUUGAGACGCUGCAGGAGGAGAUCGCCUUCCUGAAGAAGAUCCACGAAGAGGAGAUCCGCGAGCUGCAGAUGCAGAUGCAGGAGACUCAGGUGCAGAUCCAGAUGGACAUGUCCAAACCGGACCUGACGGCGGCGCUGAGAGACAUCAGAGCCCAGUACGAGGGCAUCGCCGCCAAGAACAUCUCCGAGGCUGAGGAGUGGUACAAGUCAAAGGUGUCCGACCUGAACCAGGCAGUGAGUAAGAACAAUGAAGCUCUGAAGCAGGCCCGGCAGGAGACCAUGGAGUUCAGGCACCAGAUCCAGUCCUACACCUGCGAGAUCGACUCGCUCAAAGGCACCAAUGAGUCCCUGAUGAGACAGAUGAGGGACAUGGAGGAGCGUCACGGGCUCGAGGCCAGCGGCUUCCAGGACACCAUCGCUCGGCUGGAGGCGGAAAUCGCCAACAUGAAGGAUGAGAUGGCGCGCCACCUCCGCGAGUACCAGGACCUGCUCAAUGUCAAGAUGGCGUUGGAUGUGGAGAUCGCCACCUACAGGAAGCUGCUGGAAGGGGAGGAGAGCAGGAUUACCUUGCCUGUGCAGAGCUACUCCACCCUGAGCUUCCGAGAGACCAGUCCCGAGCACCAGCAGCGCUCCUCUGAGAUGCAUUCAAAGAAAACGGUCCUCAUCAAGACCAUCGAAACCCGCGACGGGGAGGUUGUCAGCGAGUCGACGCAGCACCAGCAAGACAUCAUGUAACGAUGUGCAGGAGACAAGAAGGACAAACAGAUCAGUCGGACACACGACCAACACAUUCGCAAGCAAACCAAAGUGAAAGGACGUUCCAAACCCGUGACCAUUGACUUUAUCAGGGUCCAUUUAUCUGAGGACACACAACUGACUCCUAAAAAGCUAAUCUUCCAUGAAAAAGUGAAACAAAAAUAUUUUAGCCUGUUCCAGUAGAAAUCGACUUCUCUCAAGCGUUUGUUUUUGGAGAGUCUGCAGCCUGAAAGAGGAUGAGAUGCUGCAGUGGAAUCCAGAUAAAAACCAACUCGAUAAGAUGUAAAAUAAUAACACCACCUGAAAAAUGCUGCAAAAAAGGCUCAAAAGCAUUUCAGAAGGCCACUGAAAUAAAACACUGUGGUGGUGUUGGCGCUUCCUGCUCUGCAUUUUAAGUCAAGUUGUCACAGAAAAUCUCUGGCUUCACGCCAACAGAAAAUCCUUUGCUUCUGCAUCUUUUUUUUUCCUUAAGCACAAAAAACCCACACUGAAAACGCAGCAAUUGUGACUCUUCUGGUUUCUCACACAGCAGCUUCAAGUGUCAGAGCGAGCGUUCUGUCCAAUCAGGAGCCUCGACGAGAACCAGGUGAACCGUACCUGCGUGUUUGCGCUUAUCAACAGAAGGGACGCAGAAAGGACAGAUAAAACGGAGAAGAUGGAGGAGGAGAUUAAACAGCGUCAGCGACAGGAGAGAAGAGGAGGAGGCCUGCGUUCAGGAGCGACGAAUCCCUCGUGACUUUCAAAUGUUAUCUGCUAAUAAAAGUAAAGUGGAUUUCA